AUGGCUUCCACGCCGAUGGACUUGGACCGCGACGCCGCCUCGACAAAUGGCAACUCAUUAAACAUCACGCGAAACACGCCCAGCAGUACAUCUCGCGUCAGCGACGUCAUCUCAAGCUUCCGGCCCACAAAGCUGUUCCGCAGAGAAGACAUCAAAGAUGGCCGUUCCAUUCCUCACAUUUUAUCCCUCGACUUUGACGACCCUGGCGAGCUUCUCAUGACCUCGGAAAGCGACGAAACGAUACAGAUUUACAAUGUUCGGGAGGGCAGGCACGAAAAGAGCCUGUUGAGCAAGAAAUAUGGCGUCAAGCUAGCCAAGUUCACACAUACAACGUCCAGCAUCAUCUACGCCAGUACUAAGCAGAAUGGUAGGCAGAAAUACGCCAUGCCCGCAGAAGAAAAUGUCAAGAUCGAAGCUAAUGACGACAACCCAGACCAGAUCCGAUACCUAGCAACCCACGACAACUCCUUCAUCCGUUACUUCGAGGGCCAUGAGAAAGCCGUGACGAGCAUAGCAGUACAUCCUGGCACGGACAACUUCAUUUCCUGCGCCAAGGACGACACAGUCCGCCUCUGGGAUAUCAAGUCAAAGCAGUGGUGUGGUCAGCUCUUUCUCAACCAACCUACUCUGGCCGCCUAUGACCCCUCGGGCAAUGUCUUUGGCGUAGCUUCGCCGGCCAGUGGAUCGGUCCUCCUAUAUGACUGCCGUAACUUUGACAAGGCGCCCUUUGCCGUUUUUGAUGUCGUCGAUGCUGUCCGCUCUGUCGACAAGGACUACUCCAUGAAAGGCUGGACGAAACUUGAGUUUUCGAACGACGGAAAGCACAUUCUUCUAGGAACCAGAGGUAACGGGCACUUCCUCCUAGAUGCAUUUGAUGGUCACCUAAAAGCAUACCUGCGCAAGCCCGAGGGGGGGACGAGGCGACGGGCAGCGGGAGAGUCGGCUGAGGGCUUUGGUGCAGAAGAAGGAUCUAUCCCGGAAAGCAGCGGGGACUGCUCAUUCACAGUGGACGGCCGGUACGUGCUCAGUGGGUCGAAGAAGGAUGUCUUGGUAUGGGAUACUCAGGGCACGCCGUCCGAUGAGCAGGUUCUGGACCCUUCGACAAUUCUAGAGGACAAGCGCGAGGCGGCUGUGCUUGCUUGGAAUCCCCGGUACAACUUCUUCGCCACAGCAGACCAGGAGGUUUUGUUCUGGGUGCCGGACCCCCAUGCUUGA